GCGCGACUUUCGAAACCGUGGAAACCUAAUGAUGAUAUCUUGAAAGUUCGUUGAAAUCAAAUACCGUCAGCAGACGACUCUGUCGCCAUGAAUAUCUUUGAACACAACAUGAACAAAGGUGUUGAUUCUAAACGUGGUUCUGCAAAGGUUUUUGAUGACUUAUUAAGAUCAAAGUUUAUUUUAGGCUUUCAAUCAUUCAGACUUUACAGCUACUCCAGAAUAUAGUGAACAGUAUGAAACAGACUCUGAAUUGACUGAUAUGCAAGAACGAAAUGAUUCAGAAGACCGAAAAUUACCGGAUGGAAAUGGAAAUUUGCGUACACAGCGGAGGAACAAACAAAUCAAGAAACUUCAUAAUCCUUUCCCAAUCCGUAGAAAUGCUUCACACCGAUCAAAAUCUAAACAACAUCAUCAAACUGUACAAACAAAAUCAAAUCAAAUAUUAACUAAGAAGGUAUAUCCAAAUGUUAGUUGUAGCAGUAGUCAUAUCACUGCGUCAUCUGGUCUACUGGAAAUGUGGGAAUCGAAUCAAUUAGCGCUGGCUGAAGCAAAUAGUACAAUUGUCCAGUUGAAUAAAGAAUUAAAAGAAUGCAAGUUGGAAUUGAAAACAGUUCAAAGACAGUAUAAAAUGCAAGCUGUACGAUUAGAUAAAGCAAUUGGACAAGAAGCUGAUAUGCCACAGAUUAUUGAUCGUUUGAACUCAGAAGUACGUACAUUACAGUUAAGAUUACGUGAGAAGACGCUACAAUCAAGUGCAGAUCAAAGAAAAAUUAGUGAAUUGUUACAUCGUGUUUAUCUACUGGAAAAAUCAUCUACAUGUGAUGAUAAACAAAAUCAGUCACUUGAUAAUGGUUCAUUACAAUCACGUAAAAAGCUAAAUAAAUCAGAAAAUACAACAAGUGAAUUGGACGAAGAGAAAAAAAAGAAUACAAAAUUAAAACAUGAAAUUCAUGUAUUAACCAAAAAUUUUAAACAACAAAUUAAUUCAACAAAUGAAAAACUUCGAUGUUUACGUGAAAAAUAUCAAAUUCUAGAGAAAAGUUUACAAGAGAAAUCACUACAGCUACAAGAGAAAUCUAAACUGUUAGAAUUGCAAAAUGUUUAUAGUCAACGUAUUCCAAAGCAUAUUGUCUUAUCACACUUACAAUCGUCGUCAAGACAAGCUCCAUCACAACCGCCUCCGCCAGCGCCGCUGUUGUCAACGAUGUCGACAAGCAGCACAACAGCGACAACCACCACCUGUCUAACCACUUUUGUCGAUGAUGCUUAUGAUCUCAAUGAUGUCGAUCAGCAUAAAGCCAAAGACCUGCAAAAUAAAUUAUCAACUUCAAGUAAAUAUUCAUAUACCACUACUACUACUACUACUGAUAAUCCAGCUAGUAGUAGUACAUCUUUUCUGCCUAAAAUUAACUCGAAAUCGAUAUUCUCUCAAGACGAUGGUGAUGACAAUCAUGAAGAUAAUGAUGACAUAAUCAAUGAUAACUCAUUAAUAAAAGUCACUAGUCACGACAGUGCAAAACAUACCACGCAAUCCUCAAAACAAGACAUUAGUAAUAUGUUGUCAAAGUUAAAAUCAAUCUCAUCUCUGUCGAAGUCAUCACAGGAUGAACAUGGAAAUAAACAGUUUGACAAAUUUGAAAAUUCAAAAAAAAUCAAUCGUGUCUCAGCAUCAUCACCAUUAAAUGAUGAAAAAAUCCUGGAUGAUAAUAAAGAAAAUUCAUGUGGUGAUUCUGUUCUCAAAAAUGCCAUAAAUGGUGAUCAUGUACAAUUCAAUAAAGAAAGUAAACCGUUAAAUAUAAUUGGAAUAAAACAACCAAAUCAAGAACAAUCACUGUUAGCAGUACAUGAAUAUACUUCACUGAUCACUAAUCAGAAUGAUACACCAAUACUUCAGACAUGUAAAUCAUUUCAUGAAGAUGAAAUCUUUAAACCAAUUCCUGUAAAUUUAAAAUCUGAAAAAUAUGAAUUCUCUGAAUAUGAUUAUUUAAAAACUAAACAAGCAGGUGACAAGACGAUGAUGGGGAUGAAGGAGAACUCGACUAAGGAGAAUGACAUCAACCAUGACUGUGAUGGAGACGACGAGAAUGACGACGAUGAGGAGACACAACAAAAACUGCGUCUUUUACAAACUCUACAACAAGUUGAUAAAGAAGAGAAAACUAAACAAAAUCAAAAGUUAAAUUUAUUUUCAACAUCACCUCAACAAAUGGUGUCGAAUGAAAAGGAGGAUUUAAUAAAAAAUACUUUUGGGAAAGCAAGAGAACAAGAACUUUGGAAUGAUUUAUUUGGACCAAAAAAGCACUCAAACGGUGUUGAUGUUGAAUGGAUGGUUAAUUCGUCCUCGAAAACUAAUAACAAUCCACCAAUGAAUAAUUUAAACAAAUUGAACUCAUUCAACACUAAUACUAAUUUAAACAAUGACAAGCAAACUGUGAACGACAGUAAUUUAAAUAAUCACAAACAUACUAAAUCGUUUACUGUUAAAAAACCAUCAUGGUUAACACCAUCAAAUAAACGAGUCAAUGAAUCAAGUGAGAUUAAAAAACCAAAUUCAUUCACUUUUAUUCAAUCAAAAAGUAACAGUAGUAAUAAUCAUAAUCAAAAACUAAAUUCGUCGAAAACACCAAUAUCACAGAUAAAUGACGACUCUGACCUUGAAGAAUUACACAUUUAAACAACUCUCAAAGGAAUAUUUUUAUUGGAUCGUUUUAAAAAAAAGUUGUUCAAUUGUUUCAAUACCUCCGGUUUUGUUUUGUUCUUCAAAACGAAAGUGACCUUAAUUUACAAGAAAAACAGAAUUGUGGGAAACAUUUCAUUGUAUUUAUUAUUUACAAAUGAAUUUAAAUUAUAUUGAUCAACAGUUAUUGAAUAUUGAACAUUGGACAUUGAACCAACCUGAGGUCUAUUGAAGUUUGCAUAUUUUGGAUAAAUUUUAUAUAUACAUAUAUAUAUUCCAGAAUGUUUUUAGGCGAUUGAGUGUUGUAAAGUAUUUUGUGUGUAAGUGUGCCAGUUGAACACUUAUUUAGGAAUCUAAGUCAAAAAAAGUGAAAGAAAAUAGGUGAGAAUUGAAAAAUUCUCAAUUUAGGUGGAUAAUUUUUCAGUAUUUACCCAUAGUUUUUAAAAGUUGUGUAUAAUUAUGGUGUGCUUCUUUUUCAACUUUA